UUUUUAAUCGCCGCCGCUCCUGGCUCUUUCUCCUUCCGCAUCCGCCUCGGGGCUCUCAGCCCCUUCUUCACCGCUCACCAUCUGAAUCAGGAUUUUUCUUGCACAACUGCAGUUUACCUGUUGACUUUUAACCGCAUUCAAGAUGGUGAAGUUUACGGCAGAAGAGCUCCGCAGAAUUAUGGAUUUCAAGCACAAUAUCCGUAAUAUGUCUGUCAUUGCGCAUGUUGAUCAUGGAAAAUCUACUCUUACUGACUCUCUUGUGGCGGCUGCUGGUAUCAUUGCACAAGAAGUGGCAGGUGAUGUGCGUAUGACUGAUACACGCCAGGAUGAAGCUGAACGUGGCAUCACGAUCAAGUCUACUGGGAUCUCUCUCUAUUAUGAGAUGUCUGAUGAGUCACUAAAAAACUACAAAGGUGAAAGGAAUGGAAAUGAGUACUUGAUCAACCUCAUUGAUUCACCUGGGCACGUUGACUUCUCUUCAGAGGUCACUGCUGCUCUCCGUAUCACUGAUGGUGCACUGGUUGUGGUAGACUGUAUCGAGGGUGUCUGUGUUCAGACUGAAACUGUCUUACGACAGGCUCUUGGAGAAAGGAUUAGGCCAGUUUUGACUGUCAACAAGAUGGACCGCUGCUUCCUUGAGCUCCAAGUUGAUGGAGAGGAAGCCUACCAGACAUUUCAACGUGUGAUUGAAAAUGCCAAUGUGAUCAUGGCCACAUAUGAAGAUUCUCUUCUUGGUGAUUGCCAAGUUUACCCAGAGAAAGGAACUGUAGCUUUUUCUGCUGGCUUGCAUGGUUGGGCUUUCACGUUGACCAACUUUGCCAAGAUGUAUGCAUCCAGGUUCGGAGUUGAUGAGGGAAAAAUGAUGGAGAGACUCUGGGGAGAGAAUUACUUCGACCCUGCCACAAGGAAGUGGACUUCCAGAAACACAGGUUCACCCACUUGCAAGAGAGGAUUUGUUCAGUUCUGCUAUGAACCUAUCAAACAAAUUAUAAGUACAUGCAUGAAUGAUCAGAAGGACAAGUUAUGGCCCAUGUUGCAGAAGCUAGGUGUCACCAUGAAGUCUGAGGAGAAAGAUUUGAAUGGGAAAGCACUGAUGAAACGUGUGAUGCAGACCUGGCUGCCUGCAAGUACUGCCCUUCUUGAAAUGAUGAUCUUCCACCUUCCAGCUCCAGCAAAGGCACAGAAAUACCGUGUGGAGAAUUUGUAUGAAGGCCCUCUUGAUGACAUAUAUGCAAAUGCCAUCAGAAACUGUGAUCCAGAUGGGCCUCUGAUGCUUUAUGUCUCGAAGAUGAUUCCAGCAUCGGAUAAAGGUAGGUUCUUUGCCUUUGGUCGAGUCUUUUCUGGGAGGGUAAGCACUGGUUUGAAGGUCAGGAUAAUGGGGCCUAACUAUGUUCCUGGUGAGAAGAAGGAUCUGUAUGUUAAGAGCGUGCAGCGAACUGUUAUUUGGAUGGGUAAAAGGCAAGAGUCCGUGGAGGAUGUGCCAUGUGGAAACACUGUUGCUUUGGUUGGUCUGGAUCAGUACAUUACAAAGAACGCAACUCUAACCAAUGAGAAGGAAGUGGAUGCUCAUCCAAUCAGGGCAAUGAAGUUCUCGGUUUCACCUGUUGUUCGUGUUGCUGUGCAAUGUAAGGUCGCCUCUGACCUACCUAAGCUUGUUGAGGGCUUGAAACGACUUGCCAAAUCUGAUCCCAUGGUGGUGUGUACAAUUGAGGAAUCUGGUGAGCACAUUAUUGCUGGAGCUGGAGAACUGCAUCUUGAGAUCUGCUUGAAGGACCUGCAAGAAGACUUCAUGGGCGGCGCAGAGAUUAUUAAGUCUGAUCCUGUUGUGUCUUUCCGUGAAACAGUUCUUGAGAGGUCUUGUCGUACGGUGAUGAGCAAGUCUCCUAACAAGCACAACCGUUUGUACAUGGAGGCCCGACCUUUGGAGGAUGGACUUGCUGAGGCUAUUGACGACGGGCGUAUUGGCCCCAGGGAUGAUCCCAAGUCCCGAUCCAGAAUCCUAUCUGAAGAGUUUGGAUGGGAUAAAGAGCUUGCAAAGAAGAUCUGGUGCUUUGGGCCUGAAACCACUGGUCCUAACAUGGUUGUUGACAUGUGUAAGGGAGUUCAGUAUCUGAAUGAAAUCAAGGACUCUGUGGUUGCUGGGUUCCAAUGGGCUUCAAAAGAAGGGCCAUUAGCUGAAGAAAAUAUGCGAGGCAUUUGCUUUGAAGUCUGUGAUGUUGUUCUCCAUGCUGAUGCCAUCCACCGAGGUGGCGGGCAGGUUAUUCCAACUGCAAGAAGGGUUAUAUACGCUUCCCAGAUGACUGCCAAACCUAGGCUUUUGGAGCCUGUUUAUCUUGUUGAAAUUCAGGCACCAGAACAGGCACUUGGAGGCAUAUAUAGUGUUCUUAAUCAAAAGAGAGGUCAUGUCUUUGAGGAGAUGCAGAGGCCAGGUACUCCACUUUAUAAUGUCAAGGCUUACCUGCCUGUCAUCGAGUCCUUUGGAUUCUCGGGCACUCUGAGGGCUGCAACUUCUGGUCAGGCGUUCCCUCAGGCUGUCUUUGAUCACUGGGAUAUGAUGCCUUCUGACCCAUUGGAGCCUGGGUCCCAGACUGCAAACCUGGUUGCUGAUAUUCGCAAGAGGAAGGGUCUCAAGCAACAGAUUACACCACUCUCUGAGUACGAGGACAGGCUAUAAGGAAUCCAAUAUUGGAGACGUGUUUUGGCUGGUCUGUCUUAAUUUUUUUUCCUUAAAUGGUUUAUUUGGUAUCAAUUUUUUAGUCACUGAGUUGUGCAUCCAGGCAAGUGGCUGGGGUGCAGUUUUCAGUGAGGUUCCCAUUUAUCUUUUGGUCAGAAAACUUAUAGUUGGUUUGAGAGAAUUCUAUUUUGGUACUUUUUUUCUGGCAUUUUAAGCCAGAGUUGCUAUAUUGAUUUUACAUGACUGGAAAUUUGGGGAUUAAAAUUCAGAAUAAUAAUCACAGUUAUACUAUAUAUUUGGAGAU